AUGGCAAUGAGAAACGGCAACGAUUUGAGGGUAUAUUUCCGUAGUGAUUCAGAUUGCAAACCACGAGAGAUUGAUCGUAUCUUGGAAAACAUUGCCACGGCGAGCACAAAAGUUUGGUUUAAACUUCAAGAGGAGAGUCAGGCCGGAUCCAGUUACUACUUAGCAUAUGGAAAUAAGGAUGCCAGCCGUGCGAAAGAAAGUCCAGAGGGUGUCUACCUAUUCUAUGACGAUUUUUCCGACUCAGACUGGGAGAAAAAAUGGCAAAAAAACUCGGGAGAAAUUCAAGUAAAAAACGGAGAGCUGAAUGUAAAAACUCGAGGAACAACACCAAGAGCUGAAAUUGCAAUUUUCGCUAAGAACGGUUACAAUUGGAGAGACAUUGAAGUUGAUUUGGAAUUUUUUGAGAAAAAUUACGGCGCAUACCCCGGAGUAUUCCUGCGAGUUUCCGACGCAAGCACAUCAGAAAAGAAUCCUGCAACGUCCUGCAAGCAAAUACAUGAUGUGUCGUUUGAUAAUGGCCGUCAUAGGCUCAGAAAUGGAGUAUAUUGGAUUAAAACCGCCGCUGACCGCUCGGUACCAACAUACUGUGAUCUCACAAACGGCGGCUGGACAUUGGUGGGAAAGGUCAGCGGCUCCGUCGACGAUUUACACACGUUUUGGUUAAUCAAGAAUCAUAAUCAAGAUGCUUUGAGACACUCUGGUUUACCAAGCGAAGUUGGCUGUAUUGAUGCUCGUUACCUAGCAACGUAUCAUGCGUCAACUAUCAGGUUUUCCAGCGGUGAAAAUAGAAAUGGCAUUGGCUUGUUCUGGGUGCAAUGGGCACUGCCGGAUGGACGCGAUAGUCAGAGAUUAUGGAAACAUAGUAUUGGCAUAGGUGCAGUUUUAAAGGAGAGAAUGGAAUCUGUUAUUGUGACAGCUUGGAAUGGAAGAAUACAGAGAUGCUUCCAAAAUAAAUUUGGAAUUUUGCCUCAUGGGCAAGCCGGUGGCUCGUAUCCCGCCGUUUCCUUCAACACGGAUGGCAACACGAAGACGGGAGACUAUUGCAUGGCAAUUGGUGUGAUGAAAUUAGGCAGACCUGCUCACGGAUGGACCCAGAACACGAACGGUUUUGAUUCACCAAAUACCAAUACUGAUUGGCCAAACGCUCGGUAUAACCAUCAGGCACCAUGGGUUACAGUGUGGUUAAAAUGA